GGGCGAGGGCCGGGCCGUGACUCACCCCGCGGUUUGUGGGGCUGGGCUGGGCCCCGCUCCCGCCGCUCCCACGGAAUCCCAGCGAUCCAGCCUCGAUCCUCGGGGUCCCUCCGGAACGGACCCUCAGCGUGGGGGCAGCCAAACCCCAACACCUCACUUCUAGGUGCAGCAAACGGAAACAUUUCAGAAUAUUCCCCUUUCUUGUGUCCCUUCCCACCCCUGGGAGGGUGGGGGGGGCAGAGAAGGUCUUGCUGCUCCCUAAAACAGGUCCCCCCAUGUGUCCAGCUAUGGAAUCCCAGAGAAUCUUGCGUGAUCCCUCCUUCUUAAGGGUGGGACACCACACAAACCCCCCUGGCAUGGCUGAUGCCCCCCUGUGCCCUGGUCCUUGACCUCAGUGACCCUCUGUGCCAAGGACAAGGGGAUGAGCUCAGCUUCUGGGUGCUCCUGAAGGACCUGGAGAACGACAAGGACAAGGUGAUGGACUGGAAGGGGGAUGUGGCUCUCCUAGGGGAGCACAAAUCCUGACCCUGUGCCUGGUGCUAAGCAGGUGCUAAAGCUCAGGAACCCACCAGGCAGCACCAAACCCCAGCCCACGGCUCAGAUAAAUCCAUUGUCACCCCCCUGCCCCAAAUAUUCCCUUGGAUUGGGGUCACCAGGAAGGGAUCGCUCAGGACCACCCAUGCUGGGGGUGUGAGGGACAGUGCAGUGAUGGUUUAGGGGGCACAUGGGCUGGUGACCCCACCAGCACCCAAAUCCCCCCCUCUAAUGGGAUCACACAGCUCGUUAGGCAAAAAUGGGGUGCGGGCGAAACCACCCUGGUGGAGCUGCUGGGAAAGCCCGGGGGGGCACAGGGGCAGUGCCACCCCCACGGGGCUAUAAAUGCCCGUCCUGCCCUGGCUGCAGCAUCCUGUGUGUCCUCAGGGCUGCUGACCAGGCUGGCCAUGGCGUGUCCCCUGGAGCAGGCACUGGCUGUGAUGGUCACCACCUUCCACAAGUACUCGGGGAAGGAGGGGGACAAGUUCAAGCUCAGCAAGGCCGAGCUCAAGGACCUGCUGAACAAGGAGCUGCCCAUCUUCGGGAGCAAACAAAUGGAUGAGGCGGAAUUCAAGCGGCUGGUGAACGACCUGGACCACAACAAGGACAGCGAGGUGGAUUUCAAGGAGUACGUGUGUUUCCUGGCCUGCAUCACCAUGGGCUUCAACGACUUCUUCAAGGACGACCCCAGCAAGCAGCACCGCAGGAAGUGACCCCCCACCCCUGCCCAGAGGGGCUUUCAAUAAAAGCUUU